AUGUCUCCUGGGUGGUCUCUGGCUCCUUUCCAGACGUUUUCCCGUCCCUUCCUUCCCCAGGAAUGCCCUGGACGGGAUCAGCAGCUCUGCCUUGGCUCCCCCCCAGUCCAGAUGUUACUCCUCGGGUGGCAGGAAAGGAUUUAUCUCAGGUUUUGUGGAAAACAUCAAACAGGAAUUAGCCAAAAACAAAGAAAUGAAGGAAAGCAUCAAAAAAUUCCGGGAUGAAGCGAAAAAACUCGAGGAAUCGGACGCGCUCCGGGAAGCCAGGAGGAAAUACAAAACCAUCGAGUCUGAAACAGUGAAGACCUCAGAAGUGAUWAAAAAGAAAUUUGAAGAAAUCACGGGGACGGUGAAAGAGGUAAAAAAGGAAAUCGAUGAGAGCGUUUUGGGCCAAAAAUUCCCUGGGGGCAUCCAGGACAUUUUUUGCUCUCCAAAACCAUCUCAGGAGCAAUUUCCAGAUAUUUACAAAAAACUAACGAGGUUUUUUCCUUUCCAGGGAGUGGAAACGGUGAAGAAGGAACUCGAUGAGAGCGUUUUGGGUCAGACGGGGCCGUACAAGCGGCCGGAGCGGCUGCGGAAACGGACGGAAUAUUCCGGAGAAAGGAGCAAAGAGCAGMGAGUGUUCGAGGCCAACGAGGAAGCCAUGGGCAUGGUGCUGCAUAAAGACUCCAAGUGGUACCAGCAGUGGAAAGAUUUCAAGGACAACAACGUGGUUUUUAACAGGUUUUUUGAGAUGAAGAUGAAAUACGACGAGAGCGACAACGCCUUCAUCCGAGCGUCACGCGCUGUCACCGACCGCGUCACCGACCUCAUCGGGGGACUGUUCUCCAAGACGGAGAUGUCCGAGGUUCUGACCGAGAUCCUCAAGGUGGAUCCAUCCUUUGACAAGGAUCGCUUCCUGAAGCAGUGCGAGCGCGACAUCAUCCCCAACGUCCUCGAGGCUCUGAUCUGCGGGGAGCUYGACAUCCUCAAGGAUUGGUGCUACGAGGCGACCUACAGCCAGCUGGCCCAUCCCAUCCAGCAGGCCAAGGCCCUGGGGCUCCAGUUCCAUUCCAGGAUCCUGGACAUCGACAACAUCGACUUGGCCAUGGGGAAGAUGAUGGAGCAGGGCCCGGUGCUGAUCAUCACCUUCCAGGCCCAGGUGGUGAUGGUGAUCAAAAACCACAAAGGGGACGUGGUGGAGGGGGACCCG